AUGUUCCGCUCGGAGCACCUUCAACCUCCCCAUUCGUACGACGUACCUGUCCUCCCCUCCACAGCCCCCGGACGCCUCUCCAGCUACCUGCCCGACGAGAUCCUCCUAGAGAUCCUUUCCCACCUCCCGCAAACCCCGACAGGACAGGCCGAUAUCAACAGCUUCUGCCUCGUGUCUCGCCAGUGGUAUGAUGUCGGCAUCACCCGACUCUACGAGCGUCCUCACCUGAUCGGGUCUGGGUACUUGUGCUUCGUGCGCACAAUAUGUCCCUCGAUCCUGCCCCAUAUCCGGAAGAGCGAGCUUGCCAGCCUCGUCAAGACGUUGAACUUGCGUCACAUCGUUCACCAGGGCUCCAAAUCUAUCACUGCCAGACUACUUGCCCGUACCAAGGCGAGCCUUGAAGAGUUUGUCGCGCCGCAAGCUUCCUUCGCCGUCAACUGCUGGGCGUCUCUCUCCAAAUGCACCCAGCUCCGCUAUCUCGACCUCUCCCUCGUCUCUGAAGCCAUAUCUUACCAGGCUCUGGCUCGGACCGUGCGGUCUUUGCAUGAACUUACCGACCUGUUUCUACCCCGUUGCUCAGCCGAUUAUCAGGACGCUGCGCUUUCCAUGACGUGGCCACCGAAACUUCGCCACCUGCAACUCUCCGGAGGCAUCCACGGGAAGUUUAUGCAGGACUUGAAUAAGCAACCCGAAAAUUUCCCGCCGACUUUGACCCAGCUCAAUGUCUCGCACGCGCCUAAAGUCUGUGCUGCAGACUUAUUGGAGCUUCUAGGAAAUCUCUCCACGCCCCUUACCAAGCUCGAGAUUGUGAAUCUACCCCAGCUACGAGAGGGGUCGUUGAACGAAGUCUUGAACAUUUGCCCCAACCUCGUUGAGCUUGUCUUUGCUAUCGACUACAUUGACUUCGGCUUCGCCGCUAAUCUCCCCCAAAGCAAAGCCGCUGGCGGUCCAGAUUUAUGGAUGAAAUCCCACCCUCUCCAAAGACUAAAGAUCCUUACGUCGGGCGGUCACCACCCCGAAUCCGAUUUCUACUUCACCCCGGCCGAUCUCUGGGAUUAUGUUGACAAGCGAUGGCUCGGCAGGCUGCGCUAUGUUGUUGUGGCGGACAGCACGGCAUGGAACGAAGGCGAAUGGGCUCAGGAGAUGCAGUCUUUAUUCGAUGCUUUGGUCAAUCUGGACAAGGAGAACUUCAUUCACAAGAGAUGGCACUAUGCUCCAGAUAUCGGCAAAGGCUUGUCUUAUCUGAACUGGAGGAAAACUCAGAAAGGCGAUGAUAUGGCGCCUUCCUUGAGUAUGUUAAAGUGGAUAUAA